GAUGGUCUGUGUAAUACAUAGGGUACUUUUAGUUUGUGUAACGUGGAAGGACAGUCAUGGUAAGGGGCAUGGUGUCUGCUUAAUGUUGUUGUUGUUGCUAUGAGUUGGCAGCACGAACACCGACAAAACAACUCAAAACGUUCAACAGAAUGAGAAUCUGUAUUGAAACUGGAGGAAUCCGAUGAGCUAUAAAGCUCUUAUCCACAGAUGUCAAGUAAAGGCGGGUCAGAGCGUUAGAACAAGACACAAAACCACGUUAGGAGGUCACAGCGGUGUGCGCUUAACAGGAAACAUUUACAACGAACGACGUUUCAGGCAAUGCUCCUAAUAGCGCAUAGAGAGAGGCCGGAGCGGAUGAGAUUCAACACGCGGUUCCUGUGAUGCAUCACAACAGAUGGCCGGGUGACAUCGCACGAGAGAAAAAAACAACGUCGUGUUGUCGUAAGCCCUCCUCCACCCGACACAGCAGCAGCAGCACCACCUUUGUUGAGUCGGAGCGGACUGACGAGGAGAGGCCUCGUGCCGAAGACGGAGGAGAAUCAUCACUCCGGGAGUGCGGUGGGGGCGGUGUGAGAAGACACCGCCACUGCAGAAAAAAACAAUCACGGAAAUUCUCCGCUGCCCUCCCUCUCUACUGCCCCCUCGCUGGCCCGUGGCGUCUGUGCCGGCAGCAGCAGCAGCAGCCGAGGGAUGGCGGACGCCGAGGGUGACGAGGCCGAGGCGGCGGCGGCGCCGCCCGUGAGGGACCCGGCGGGCCCCGCGGGCCCCGUGGGUCCGCAGCGGGCCGGGCCCGAGCGAAUGUUCUCCCUCAAGAAGUGGAACGCCGUGGCCAUGUGGAGCUGGGACGUGGAGUGCGACACGUGCGCCAUCUGCCGCGUCCAGGUCAUGGACGCGUGCUUGCGGUGCCAAGCGGAGAGCAAGCAGGAGGACUGUGUGGUGGUGUGGGGCGAGUGUAACCACUCGUUCCACAACUGCUGCAUGUCGCUCUGGGUCAAGCAGAACAACCGCUGCCCGCUGUGCCAGCAGGACUGGGUGGUGCAGAGAAUAGGCAAAUGAUGCCCCCGGGCAUCGUCGCCACGCGUGGACGCGAGGACGAGCAGGAGGAGGACGAGCAGGAGGAGGACGAGCAGGAGGAGGAGCCGCCCCCACCCCGACACGGAGAUUGCGCGCCGUGCUCGUGGGUAGGGCUCCAAGGCGUUGGUGGGGGGGGGGGGGGGGGGGGGAAAUCUCUCAGGCCAUCGCGGAGUUGAAGAAUAAACCGGAAGGAGCGAUUGCCGGUGGCGUGGCGUGCGUGGGCACGUUUGGGAGUGUGGGCUGUGAAUUUUCCGGGCAGCCGUCUGCAUGCUGCACGUGUUGGCACGCCGCUUGCUGCAUACGGGUGGGGGGGGAGGGGGGUCAAGGAGUGUGGGCAUCGGCUCCCCGCGUUCCGCUUACUCGGCCCCGUGGAUUUGUCUCGUUGGAGCGCGUGCAGUGGCUUCUCACAGGGCCGUGCGCGGAAUGUCUCUCCGUAGAACCGCUGCUUUCUGUCGGUGGAUUUGUCAGCGCGGCGUGGGGCGGCUGUCUUAGGGAGUGAAGCGUAGUGGCACGCUGCGCACUGGCACGACUCGUAGAUUUAAAAUCGAUUCUCACUCCAGCGGUGCACGCAUCGGCAUCGUGUGCGUGCCAAUCGGUUACUCACGAUUUACGCAAAUUACAGGAAAAUGUUGCAUUUAGGCUGUGGUAGUGAAACUUGUUUUUUUUUUACAAAUGUGACAAAAAAUCGAAUGAGACACGGCACAAAAUAAACAAAAGAGACGAGGUUAUUUUAAUUGCGAUCCCAACCAUUGAACCACACGCACACCCGCUGUUCACCCAGUUUCCUGGGCGGCUGCCGUUGCCUCCACCACCCGGCUAGGUGGGCGCGCGUGCUGUUGGGCCGCUCUCCAGAGGCCCUCGCCGGUUCACUGCUUUGCGGCAACAGCGCUCGCCUCAAGAGACCCAGUCAAUACAAGUUCUUGUCGACUCUCUGCGGCCUUCCCCUUGCCCGCACGCAGUCAUGUACCUUGGGUGGUGGGCACUUACAAACGAGGCCGAGCCAUGCUCGGCAGACUACUUACGGGGCCCCGUCUUAAUCUCUCGCAUAAAUUGCUAAACAUAUGUAAAAAAUAAAACCGUCGGCGUAAUCGGAUUGGCGCGCUAAAACAAAGCUCCUCUCGCCGUCGUUUGUUUCCACGUCACCCCCCCCCCCAACCCAAGACCCCCCCCCCCUCCCCCCCGGGCUUAACGAGCGUGGUGGAACAGAACCGUUGCAAUUUCUACGUCCUCGAUUCUGCCACAAGCCAUUCCCCUGCAUGAGAGUGGUCACGUGGCGUGUGCAAGCAGGAUACGCCUGGAAGAGCGUCUGUGCAUGUCUGGUUUUGUUUUCUGGGAGGUCGGUGGCCGAACAGAAUCGCGAUUGUCAUGGCCAAGUGAUUGCUGCCAAUCCCACGGUUUUGUGCACAGUAUUAGAGCGUGCUGUUGUGUGUGAGCUUGUCCGAGCAAUCUUGUAAGAAAAGAGGCUGUUACUACUGUGUAGGUUUCGCGGUUGUCCUGCGUAUCUCUCCGACGCGUCACCCUGUUGUACCGCGUGUCGUUCGGCGCGACGUCCCGACGUUUCGCUGCACGUGCCGGGAGCUUCUUCGGCCCCUGACGCAAUUCCCCGCAUCUUGAGCGAAACCUCGGACAUCGUGCCGGACAGCACGCGGUGACACUCGACAACGCCAUCGGAGUGGUUAAACGGGCCGCCGUUUGCGCACGUUGGGACGCUUGUUGAGGGUUUGUGUUUUUGUGACGAGCUGAUGCGUCGUAAUGCCGUCUGGGUGAUUGGGGCUGGCUUGGAGAGGGGGCCGCCGUGAGGGAGCGCGAUACAAGGGUGGAUGUUCUUGGUCCAGGAUGGAUUCGGCGAUUUUUCUGGAGCGUUUGUGAAGCUGCGUGUCACCGUGUGUGCAGAAUAUUUGCGUCGACGAAAAUAAACGUUUAAGAUGA